AAUAUGACGUCAUAUUAAAGAGCCGCGCAAAAUGUGGUUCCGAGCGCCGCUCUGCACCGCUUGGAUUUCUGGUUUCCGACGUUCGUUGUCGGCGCAGAGUAAGGUACCGCCUAAACCAACAUGGGACCUUCAACCCGAGAUCAGAAACCAGAAACCCCUGAUUAGCCUAGACACAAUUGACCAUCUUGAGCGGCUAGCAUUAGUGGAUUUCGGAAACGUAGAAGGCGUGCAGCGGCUUGAGAAGGCCAUACAGUUUGCUGAUCAGCUGCACAAUGUCAACACAGAGGGAGUGGAACCUUUAUCAUCUGUGUUAGAAGACAGGACCCUAUACAUAAGAAAUGAUGCAGUUGCUGCAGGAAAUUGUACCGAACUGCUCCUAGAAAAUGCCAGAACUGUUGUAGAGGAAUAUUUUGUAGCACCUCCAGGUAACAUCCCUUUACCAGCUCAGCAUGAAAGAGGUCUGUCUGAAGUCAAGAGCAGCUCCUGAACAUCAAGGACCGGAAUAGAAACAGCAUAACAGCUUACUGUUUAUUAGGACAGCUACAGAUGCUUAUUUUUAUUUAAACUGAAACACUUUCAUAAUAAAAGGAACAUACGUACAAACUUGA